AUGAACGAGAUUCACGGUGUGUGUCUGGCACUCGUCAAGGCGGUGCCAGAGGCGCGGCCCACCAUCCUGGUCAGCUUUGCGUCCUCCAUAGAGGUUAUUUGGACCGUUGCAAGGCGGCAGCUCACCGAGGAGGAGCGCACGCAGUCCGCCAGAUUUAAAGUGUACGCUGAGGCCUUCGUGGCAAUGCUGCACAGAUGCGUGAGGGACGCUGCCGACGGUGGAACCGUGGCGCUCUGUCGGUCUCUGCAACGCCUCCUGGAGGAGCAGGGCUUUCCGGAGGCCGAGUUCGGCCCGCUGGCGAGCUACUUGGCCGAGCUGCUCCUCGAGGAGGACGUGCAGGGCUACUCGUACAGCGAGCGAACGUCGUUGGUGAUGCCGAUGCCGGUGCGGUAUGAAGGCGACAAGCGCGCGGAGGAGGAGCACUCGCGCAAGCGUGCCGGGUUCGAGGUGGUGCUUCCGCUGCUCCACCCGCAUCCGGAGGUGAACACGGUAAUUCAGCUGUCGGAGCCGAAGAGGCGCAAGCCGGCGCUGGAUGAGUACCGCAUCUUUUCCUUACCCAAGAAGGCGGCCGGCUUCGCGGCAGACGACUUCGUGGUGGAUGAUGAACUGCUGCACCGCGCGUACGUGGUGCUCGCAACGCACCUGGACGCGUACGGCUCCCUCAAGGGCCUCUCCCCGUACGCUCGUCUUCUUCUCUGGAACUUGCUAGAUCGCAACGACACCCUCUUUAGCGCCUUGUACGACCAGCACGCCACGUCUGAAGCGAUGCGGCAGCAGCUGCUAAAGGUGCGCGAGCUGCUGGCGGUGCACAAGCAGGCAUUCGAAGAGACCCGCGUGGCGGCACGGCAGACGGCGUCACUGGUAGGCUGGUACGCCACGAGCGCGCAGUGGCGCGACCAGGCCCUGAGUAGGCUGGGCGAAUUGGAGGAUUCUGAUUGGUACUUGCUCGCAGAUGUGUACCGCAGCGGCGGCAAAGCCAUCUUUCCGAACUACGCAAGGAGCAACGCCGUGGCUCAUCUUGCGUUGGGUGUGGUGCGGAAGCUGGACAAGAUUCAUGGCCAGGAACUGGACGGAGCACCGCCCAUGCACAACGUUGUUUUACAGCUUCUGCUCCCGCUUCUGAUGGGCGAGGCGCCGGAAAUAGGCGAGUACUGCUUCGGUCACGGUGCCUUCACCGCCAACAGCCCGCACUGGCAGCGGGGCCGCCGAAAGCUGAAGACGGUGAUGGACGAGGUAGCGAGAAGGACGACGUUGUCCACAGCUAGGACGUCGGCAUCGUCGCAGGACAGCGUUUGCACGUACCUCUGCGCAUCCCUCAUCUUUCCACUUCAGUGCUUCGGCGAGCUGCUGGAGAUGUGCUCGCUCGUCAUAUUCUCCCCGAUGGGCUUCGACGCCUUCACGCGCAGCUUCUUAGCCACCAACUGGGAAGAGGAGGACGCUAUCCUCGCCUACCUGCUACGGCGCGAGCCGGCGAACCCGUCACUGGUGCCGCUAGUGGGCAUUCCUCGCGUCUACAAGGACAUGGUGACGUCCGUCCAGCUGCUGAUGGCAGACAAGAUGGUGCCAUACGUGGUGGAGUCGCGUCGACUAGCAGGCGAGCAUGCGCAGGCUUCGGUCCAACACAGAAGUUACCCCUACUGGAAGGCGCUCUGUACAAUGUUCGCCGAGGAGGACCGCUUCGACGAUCUUUGCGAGCUGCAGGUGAGCACGAAGGAGGACCUGACGCGCCUCUACACAGCGGCUGGCUUCGAGCUGGUUCCGAAGGUAUGGCCUGAGGAUUUGGUGGAGCUGUGUGAGGAGGAGGCAAGCUGCCGCUGUGGUACAGGCUAA